UUAAACCUUUGCCUGCACGGACAAACCAAAGCGGUAUGGCAAGACGCUGUUGGCGUGAACUCAAAACGACAUGUCGUUUCCAACUGCCUCGUCACCUUUCUUCUUCAACCUCUCUCCCGCCGCCGCCGCCUCUUUCCUCUCCCCGGAGGGUGGUCGUCACGGGGCUUGGCCUGGUGACUCCACUCGGCUGCGGAGUAGAAACAGCAUGGAAACGUUUGAUAGAAGGCGAGUGUGGGAUAAGGGCAGUAACCCCUGAGGAUUUAAAGAUGAAUGCUUUUGAUAAACAAACUCAGAUGCUUACCUUCCAUCACUUGACUUCGAAAGUUGCUGCAAUUGUGCCCUCUGGGACUGGCACUGGUGAAUUCAAUGAGGACCUUUGGCUUAACGCCAAGGAUCAGCGAUCAGUUGCAAGAUUUAUAAGCUAUGCAUUAUGUGCUGCUGAUGAAGCUUUAAAAGAUGCAAAAUGGGUACCCUCUGAUCAGGAAGAGAAGGAAAGAACGGGAGUAUCUAUUGGCGGUGGGACUGGAAGUAUCAGUGAUAUAUUAGAUGCAGCACAAAUGAUUUGUGAGAAGCGAAUUCGUCGACUAAGUCCAUUUUUCAUUCCGAGGAUUCUUAUCUACAUGGCAUCUGGUCACGUGAGCAUGAAAUACGGAUUCCAGGGACCAAACCAUACUGCAGUGACUGCUUGUGCGACCGGGGCUCAUUCUAUUGGUGAUGCGAUGAGGAUGGUUCUAUUUGGAGACGCUGAUGUUAUGGUUGCUGGUGGCACAGAGUCCAGUAUUGAUGCUUUAUCAAUAGCUGGAUUUUGCAAGGCUAGAGCUUUGACUACCAAGAAUAAUUCUUGUCCUGUAGAAGCUUCACGCCCUUUUGACUGUGACCGGGAUGGGUUUGUUAUAGGUGAAGGUUCUGGUGUCUUGAUAUUAGAGGAACUUGAGCAUGCAAAAAGUCGAGGGGCAAAAAUUUACGCAGAAGUCCGUGGCUAUGGGAUGUCAGGUGAUGCUUAUCACAUUACACAACCACAUACUGAUGGUAGAGGUGCCAUUUUGGCCAUGGCACGUGCCUUGAAACAAGCUGGUCUGCAUCCUAACCAGGUGGACCAUGUGAAUGCUUUGGGUAAGUUGUUGUUUGAUGUUCUAAAGUUCAUUAGAACUGGCUUUGGUGCAAUUCAUAUAUCUGGAACAUCUUGUUUAGGUGAUAGAAUUGAAGCCAAUGCAAUCAAAUCCAUAUUUGCUGACCAUGCAACAUCUGGUGCUUUGGCGUUUUCCUCGACAAAGGGUGCCGUCGGUCAUCUCCUUGGUGCAGCCGGAGCUGUUGAAGCAAUUUUUACUGUUUUGGCCAUACACCAUGGGGUUGCACCUUUGACACUAAAUCUCUCUAAACCUGAUCCCGUAUUUAAUGAUGCUUUCAUGCCUCUGACUGCUUCCAAGGAAAUGCCAAUUAGAGCUGCAUUGUCUAAUUCUUUUGGCUUUGGAGGAACAAAUGCAUCCUUACUCUUCGCAUCCUCCUCCUAGAACGGAAUGAUCGGUCAAACAUUCUUGUUUGGUGGGUAUUGGAUGUCAUCUCCUUGGUUUAAUUGCACCUGCACCUUUAAAGCCGAUAAUUCGGUUAUUGUGGCAGAAUCUUGAUUAUUUUUUCGUUCUUGGAUUUUAUAACAGUAAACUUGCAGAGAAACAAUGUCAUUAUGUGAUUGCAGAAACAUUUUGAGCUUCAGACUCCAUAGGACUGACAGUCGGCAAUAGCUACUAUAUAGCUGAGAAAGAUGUUAUGAAAUUUUUAUGAUUUGGUAGUCAUUGAAGUAA